AUGGCGACUUCGAGCGACAUCAGCUGCGACGGCGCCUGGGCCAAGUACUUCAACUCGAGCGAGGACGUGGCACUGCCGAAUGGAGACACGUUCCGUGUGUAUCGCGCAGGCUCUCAAGGUCCGCAUGUGGUUUUGCUCCAUGGUGGAGGUUAUACCUCCAUGACUUGGUGUCUUGUGGCGGCUAUGCUGAAGGAGGCGUGCAGGGUGUACGCUAUUGAUUUACGCGGUCACGGGCAAACACACACGAGCGCGGACGUCGACUUGUCCAUUGACACACUGGUAGUCGACACUCUGCAGGUCAUGGAACUAUUGAUUCCUCCUAUGGCAUUGGAGGAGGACGGAAAUGCUGACCUUGAGAACCCCCAGACCAUCAUCGUUGGCCACAGCUUGGGUGGCGCACUCGGAGUUCGAAUUGCUGCCACGGGCAAGGUGCUGUCGCUUGUCGGUGUCAUGGUGAUCGAUGUGGUAGAAGGCACGGCAAUGGCGUCGCUAAAGCACAUGGGCUCCAUCCUUGAACGGCGUCCUUCUCGUUUUCGCUCGUACAAGGAGGCUGUCGAUUGGGCACUGCGUAGCGGCACUGUGCAUAAUGUCGAGGCUGCUGAAGUCUCUAUUCCGUCACAGCUCAAGCAACUUGAAGACGGCAUGCUGGUAUGGAAGACAGAUCUGGCUAGCAGUUCGAAAUACUGGAAUGGCUGGUUUACUGGUCUCUCAAAGCAGUUCCUGUCGCUUAAGGAAGCCAAGGUGUUGGUGUUGGCAGGCUCCGACCGUCUGGACACGGAGCUAUUGCGUGGCCAAAUGAUGGGCAAAUUUGAAAUGAGAUUGGUGUAUUCAUCCGGACACGCGAUACAGGAGGACUGUCCACACGAGGUGGCUAAUUUCAUCACGGAUCUAUGCAGCCGCUGCGCACGCGUAAAAACCGGAAUUAUAUUCAGGUCCGAUGGAGUAGUAGCAGCUCAACCAAUGAAGAGGUCGUUCCUGGCGGAACGCCUUCAGAAAGCACGCGCGAUGAUACCAGAAGAGGGCGUCCUUAGUGCUGACGAUCAUAGCAAGCCCUCGCCCCAGUGA